CCAUCUAUAAACUCUUGUAAAGGCUACAAGAGAUGAUUUGUUAUCUCUCCUUAGUACAAUAGUUUCACUUAUCGGAAUAAAUACCCGUCAAUUUGGGCAUAUAGAUAGCCUGUCGAUCACCGGCCGCUGUUACUCGACGCUCGACGCUGGUCAAGUAAGAUGUCCCACAAAGUAACAAAGAUCACGGAGCCCGUGGUGCUGGGCGAGGGCCCGCACUGGGACGAGCGAGUGCAAGCGCUGUACUUCGUCAGCAUCCACGAGCAAACUAUACACAAGUACGUGCCGGCCACCAAGGAACACACCAGGACUAAACUCAACGGUCGCGUCGGCUUUAUCGUGCCAGUGGAGGGCAGGACCGACCAGUUCGUGGUCGGAGUCGAGCUGAAGUUCCUGCUGGUGCAGUGGGACGGCAAGAACAACAGCGAGGCGAAGCUGUUGAAGGAACUGUGUGAGGUGGACCAGCAGACCAAGAACAGGCUCAAUGAUGGCAAGGCUGAUCCUAGAGGAAGGCUUUAUGCAGGAACCAUGGGCCACGAGGAGCCCCCCGGCGUGUUCGUGCAAGAGGCCGGGUCGCUGUUCGUGCUGGAGCGCGCGAGCGCGCGCGCGCGCACGCUCGCCGCGCGCGUCGGCAUCUCCAACGGGCUCGCCUGGGACGAGCGCAACAGAGCCAUGUACUACGUGGACUCCAUGGACAAACACAUAAGGAAGUACGACUGGGAUCCCGACACUGGCAACAUUUCAAACAUGACGUACGUUUUUGACUUCGUCAAAAAUGGAAUUGCCGGGGUCGGAGACGGCGGCACCAUCGACACCGACGGGAACCUGUGGUGGUGCGUCUUCGACGGUUCCUGCGUUCUCCAGAUCGACCCUAACACAGGGAAGGUCCUGAGGAAAAUCGACAUCCCAGCCAAGCAGGUCACGUCCUGCACUUUCGGAGGUCCCAACUUCGAUACCCUGUUUGUGACGACUGCGAGUAUGACCAUUGGCGAAGAACAGAAGCCACCUUGCGGCUCAUGUUUCAUGGUCACCGGUCUCGGGGUGAAAGGAUAUCCCAAUGUCAACGUCAAAUUAUAAAAUCACAAAAUACGAUUCGCUGUUUUUACAUCACAAUACAAAAUUCUUUUUCUUUUAUGGACUCAAUACAGAAGUAAAUCGAAUCGCUACAAGCCGUUGUAUUGUCAUUAUAAUGAGUAUCGAAAAGCGAUGCCAGUUUUCCAAAGAGUCUUUAAAUAUAUCGUUAUUUUUAAAAAUCGUGUUUAAUGUGUUCCAUAAUUCCAAAGUUGUAAACUGUAUCGAUUAUAUUCAAUUUUAUGACAUUUAUUUUGUAAAAUGUAUUUUGUGAAAAAUUUAAUAUAAUCUUGUAAAACAGUUA